CAGUUUCCAUUAAAUUGUGUCCUUUGAUCCAUGGAAACUAAACUUGAAAAUUGAUAAGUUGGUCACUUAUAUCCGCUAAUAAAGCAUGGAUCCAUUCAAUGAAAGACUAGGAAUAAAAGUUGAAGAUUGUGAAUGUUAAUGUGGAUAACAGUAUUAGUUAACUAUCAAGUUAACCAGUAAAAGAGUGAGACUGAUAUCAGCGCCCUCAUGUUUUACGCCACCAACGCCUCUUCUCUCGGAUGAAAAAGUAUCGCUCUUUAUUUGCUGUUUGGCUUGUACUAUAUACUGUUCUCACUAUACUGUACUAUAAUCAAUCCUAAAUGCUCAAUCUUUUUAAUAUAAACUUUUUUUUCAUUUCCAAUUCGCUGUUGAGCUGAUAUCGAGCACAUUCUGGUUGAUAACUUAUCCUUUGUUUCUUAUUUUCACCACUAUUCCAUCAUCUAUCCAUGAACAAUCAAACAGGUAGAAUAUUAUUAGACGUACCUUGCAAAGUGUGCGGAGACCAUUCAUCAGGCAAACAUUACGGGAUCUAUGCUUGUGAUGGAUGUGCUGGAUUUUUCAAAAGAUCAAUUAGAAAGGACAGAAAAUACACUUGCAAAGCAAGAGGAGCAUCAAACAAUAAUUGUCCAGUUGAUAAAAUUCAUCGCAAUCAGUGUCGUGCUUGUAGAUUGAGAAAAUGUGCUGAAGCUGGAAUGAAUAAAGACGCUGUUCAGCAUGAAAGAGGACCUCGAAACGCAACUCAGAGGAGACAAACUUUUGGACUUGAUCAGGCUCUGUUUCUCCGAUCUAAAAGUUCACCAUUACUUUCCUUUGGUUUGGGUUCUCCAAAUGAUCAAUCACUAACAACCAGACUUCCAUCACCAAGUUCACUUCCAUCAUUACCAUUAAAUUUAUCAUGUCCAUGUCAUCCUGCAUUUGCACCACCAUUUAUCCACAGUUUCUCACCCUUUUGCCUUCCAGCCUUGAAUUUACCUAGGGCCAUGUUUCUAGGAGCAACUACACCUCCAAUGUGGUCUUUAGGCUUAACUUCAAGAGCGGAUCAUCACAAUCCUCAUCAUAACUCUCAUCACAAUAACCAUAAUCAUCAUCAAACCAGUAUUAGUAAUCACCUUGCCAACUCUAAAGACUCGUUCUUCUCAUUAACACCUCGUUUACCAGCAUCGCCCGUUAGUACAUCAUCACCAAGUCGUUAGCAUUUGGAUAUAAAAUUGAUGAUCUGAGUCGACUGAUUUGAAACAAUCAAGUUUACAGGGAAGUUGAUCUUCAAGCUUUCAACAGUGUGAAUCAUCAUUCGAGAUGCAUCCGACUUAAUUUAUUACUGAUGCUGUUGAUUGAAAUUGUGUUCAACAUCGACUCUUGUCCACCAGCUUGUUUAAUUUUUUCAUGACAUAUUGCAUUAUUAUUAUGCAAUUUUCUUUCAAAUCUCAAGAUUGGAAAAUAUUGAUUUUGAUUAAGGCCAUCAAGAUAAUCAGCAACAUCUUUGGUUUACGAUUGUGACAAUCAAAUUGUUUGUGCUUUCAGUUUACAGCAAAAGGAAAUGAAUCUCAUUAGAAGACCUUUUCGCCUUGGAAGAUCACACUGACCAAAGCUGUACUGAUAUUUGUAUUUGGAUGGAUUGAUAAACAUAAUUUAAGUAGCCAUUCAUUCAUUAUGAUUUGUUUUGUGUUUCAUGCAACAAUCAACAACAAAUGGUUACAUCAUUCAUCAGUAAGGAGAUAAAUCAAUUAACUUUUGGUCUUGAACCUGAAAAUUGUUUGAAAGGUUUAAAAAAGUGAAAACAAAAAGUCAAUAUCACUUGUUACAUAAAAAUAUACUUUAAAAAUGGUUUCAAUCAAUCAGUUGCCAUCCUUUGAUUCGUGGAGCCUAAACUUGAAAAUUGAUAAUUUGGUCACUUAUUUCCACUAAUAUUCACCUUGCCAACUCCAAAGACUCGUUCUUCUCAUUAACACCUCGUUCACCAGCAUCGCCCGUUAGUGCAUAGUCGCCAAGUCGUUUGCAUUUGGAUAUAAAAUUGAUGUUAUCUAAAUUUUCCAACUCAAAAAUUGAACCAAUCAAAUGACUAAACAAACCUUCUUUUUCGCUCAAAUGUGAUGUUUGAAUGUAUCAAUCAAAUUGUUACAAAUUGCUUCAUUCAAUGCUCUGAAAACAAUCUGAAUUGUCAGAAAACACAGAGCAAUCUGAAUGGCAAUUACAAAUACUCUGCGAAAAUCAUCCUGAGAAAUACUCUGACUAACUUAUUCUGAAUCGUCUUCAACUGUGAAUUAUUUGUACAAAGUCAUUCAAAUCUACUUCACCAUAUUUAUUUUAUUUUUUAAUUGGUCAGCAUUGGACCCUCACUCACUACACCAAUCUCAUCAUUUCUGUUCCGGUUUCAUUCUCACUUUCACUUCUAUCCUCUUUUGUUUUCUCUUGUUAAUAUUAUCAUUUAAUGUUGUUGUUUUGUUCUUGUACAUUGGUUUUAUUUGCUGCCAUUCCUGACUAUAUGUGUCAAUGUAUAAAUAUAUGUAUAUAAAUAUAAUAUAGUAUAGUAUAGAAUGAUAUUAAAUAUAAUGUAAUACAAUAAUGUAUAAUAUACAAUGUAUAAUAUAAAAUAAUCAUCGUCACUAUGUAACAUUUAGGAAACAAUCAGCAUCAAUCAUUGUGGAAACGGAUAAACGGAUCAAAACUAAGCAUUUCCAAUUCAAACAGAGAAGAGGAAUGAAUUGAUGAAACAAUCAAAGAGAAAGAGUUGAAUUGAAACAGGAAUAUCUUUGCUUCGCCAAGUCAGAUCCUGAUUGUGAUGGUGAUAAUUAGACAAAAAGCCAAAUGGUCCAUGUAUUUUAUUUGCCGGCCGGAACAAUUGAAAUUUCUGAUAUGAAGAACUGUCAAUUAGUUUCAUGUUGAAUUACAUUCGAUAAUCACAGAUAGUAUUUGCAAAAAGCAAAUUAAAAAAAGAACGGGAAAUAAAUGUUAACUAUGAUCAUUGAUCCAUAAUAAAACAGCUUUUAUUCCUAAUCAAACUGCAUCUCUAGUUUUCUCAUCAUCAAAUGGAUAAAUCAAAUAUUUAAUCCUGGCCAUCAUUAUCCUUUUGUUAUUAAUUGAUCUUCUCUCCUCUUUUGUAUCAAGUCACGUCAACAAGUAUGGCAA